AUGACAGCCGCACCCAAGAAAUCACUCGCUCUCUCACCACCGCCGACCCCACAAACCAUCGGCGGAGGCUCUUCCUUCCCAGGCGUGCCUACCAUCGCUGCUCCUCCUAGCUCGCCCCGUCUCAAGGACAAAGUCUGCAUCAUAACCGGCUGCAACAGUGCUCUGGGUAUCGGCAGAGCUUCAGCCUACGAGUUCGCUUCAGCGGGCGCAAAGGCAUUAAUUCUAUCCGACUUUGACACUUCCAACUUGGACAAUUGGAAACAAGAUAUUGAGAAGCUGUAUCCGGGAACACAGGUGGUCGUACAGAAGGUGGAUGCUGGGAAUGAGGAGGAUGUCAAGGCAGUGGUCAAGUUGGCUGUGGACAAGUGGGGAAGACUAGAUGUCUUCUUUGCAAAUGCAGGUAUUGGAGGUACCAUGGAAAGAGUCUACGAAGUCGGCAAGAAGGAAGGCAAGUCCGAGGAAGAGUUUAUGAGAACCAUGAAGGUGAAUGCAUUGAGGUCAGUACUGCUAUCUUGUUCCCACUCCUCUAGUCUCAAGACCUUUCGAUUGACCGUUCCAUACNNCAGUGUCUUCCUAGCGACGAAGCAUGCCGCUAAUGCAAUGAUGCAAAACAAACCCAACCCCAGUGGUUCCAUCAUCAACACGGCUUCGGUAGCCGGUCUACGCUCCAAUGCCGGGCCUACGGAUUACUCUGCCUCCAAAGCCGCAGUCAUCAGUAUAACACAGACAUCGGCCUACCAGCUCGCCGGCACCAGCAUCCGUUGCAACGCCAUCUGUCCAGGUAUCAUCGAGACCGGCAUGACCGCACAAAUGUACAAAGCAGCAAGGGCGAGAGGUAGUGAAGGUAAGAUUGGUCAGUUGAAUCCCUUGAUGAGAGGUGCGGUAGCAGAUGAGGUUGCAAGAGUGGCAUUGUUCUUGGCUACCAAUGAAAGCAGUUAUGUCAAUGGACAAGCUUGGGCUGUUGAUGGAGGCUUGAGUGCCGGUUUGCCAUUCGUGCCGGGAAAGUUGGCGUGA